AUGGAACCAGCUCCUCAGGGCACCGGCCAGCAGGGCAGACAGCAACAGGGGCAACAGCAAGCACCUGUUUAUGAUACCAGGAAUGGUGGACACUAUGGCGCUAGCGCACAGCUCUCCGCGCAAGGCUACGCACCGCUAGCCGAGUUGUACACAGGAACAUGGGCCAAUGUGAAUCAAGGUCUGCAAGGGACCGCCCGUGAUAUCUUGACGACCUACUGGCAGCAUGUCAUCAACCAUCUGGAGGGCGAAAAUCAUGAUUACAAGAUCCAUCAGCUACCGCUUGCUCGCAUCAAGAAGGUGAUGAAAGCCGACCCGGAGGUCAAGAUGAUCUCCGCGGAGGCUCCGAUCUUGUUCGCGAAGGGAUGUGAUAUCUUCAUCACGGAGCUGACAAUGCGCGCAUGGAUUCAUGCUGAAGACAACAAGCGUCGCACUUUACAGCGCUCAGACAUCGCUGCCGCUCUUUCCAAGUCUGACAUGUUCGACUUCUUGAUUGACAUUGUUCCUCGUGAAGAAGCAGCCUCACACGCCAAGCGAUCGAGCCAGGCAGGUGCUCCGGGACCGUCUGUUGCCCCGGGUCAGCUUCCACCAUCCCAGCAUGGUGUUCCGACACACAUGGGUCCUGCGGACUACGGUUCUCUCGGUCAGCAUGGAAUGCCCCAAGAGCAGGAAUAUCGGCCACAGCCCGCUAUGUAUCCUGGCCCCGUUCAAUCGGACCCCACUGCAGCAUAUGGUCAACCUCAAUCUCAAAUGUUUGAGGGGAUGUAUGCUCCAUACCCGCAUCUCCCUCCCCAGCAGUGA